AUGUACCUGGUGCGAGAGGCCGAUCACAUGAUAAUUGAGUUCAUGCUGGCAGACGACGUGUUCGUGGCUGAGAAGAUCCUCCAAUACUUCGGCUCCUACUCCAUGCUCAGGCGGCACCCCACCCCGUCGCCCAACAUGUUUGAGCCGCUGCUGCGCACGGCAGAGGCGGUGGGGAUUGCAGUUGACACGUCCUCCUCCAAGAAUCUCGCUGACUCGCUUGACCGCGCUAUGGCAGUGGGGGUCGCUGUGGACACCUCCUCCUCCAAGAACCUUGCUGGCUCGCUUGACCAAGCUGUGGGACCAGACCCGUGCUUCAACAAGCUUAUCCGCAUCCCCACUACUCGCCCGCAGGGACCUCUGUGGAGCCCUGACCCUUAUUUCAACAAGCUUAUCCGCAUCCUCACCACUCGCUGCAUGACUCAGGCGGUGUAUUUCCUCAGUGGUAAGCUGGCCCCUGUAGAGUACCACCACUACGGCCAAGCAGCCUUUAAAUGCGGUGUAUUUCCCCAGCGGCCAGCUCGCCCCUGCAGAGAACCACCACUACGGGCUCGCAUCCUUCACAUUCGUGCCCUCUAG